GCGUCACCAGGGGCUGAGGCCACAGCAAUCUGCACUCUAAACCCGUGUGGCGCGGGCCGCGGUAGAAGUGCCCUAGCUAGGCACCCCCACCCCGGACCCUCCGACCUGUUGUUCUCACCACACCAAGGCUGAGAAGGGAUCGCUGCCCCCGGUCCCUCCGUAGGAUCAGGCCGUCGGAAAAGGUCUGUCCCAAUCGUGCGGAGCUGAGCUCUCAAAGUUGUUCACCCGGCUGAGAGGAGAACGAGACUUCGGGACUUCGCUGGGUGCCGAGACCCCAGCAUCCUCGCUGUCGCCAAGGCCCCUGCAGCCAGGUCUGGAUACCCGUGAGUGGGCAGUGGUGGAUGGAGCCCUGCAGCCGGAAUCCCAGAGUUUCUGAGAUUCCAGCAGCAGCAAGAACAGCAUUUCCAAGGUCACGGCAUGAAGGUUGCUGUGUUGGACCUCGGGUCUCUCUUUGCCAAAAUUUUCAAGACCUCUACAGGGUCCCCCGCGGUCCCCUCACCUGUCGCCUCCGGCCACGUGGGAGGCUCAGGUUCUGUGGGCGCCGUGCAGACCCCGAACCCGACCCUGACCUCGACCCUCCUCCCAGCGCUGGCUCCCGACUCCUCCUCGGCCUUGCGGGGGACACCCACCUCUCUGCACCCUCUGCUCGCCGCCUCCUCUGCCCGGGUCUCGGUCGCCAGCCGAGCGGCAGAAGCAGUAGGGUCUCCCUUCCUCUUGCCCGGUAGCCCCAGAACAGCCAACAUCCCGCUGGCACCCCAACCUCUGCCUCCUCCCAGCGCUCCUGGGUCCCCGGCCCAGCUGGUGGCCCUGGCGAGACUGCGCCCCGAGAGCCCAAGGCAGCCUGGUCGGCCUGGCCCCGGAGAGCGAGAGUCCGGCGUUUGGAAGACUCCUGGGCCCGGCCCCAAGACCCUGUUCUUCACCUUGCCGGACAUCGGCGAGGAGUGGGCCUGGGACGGCUACUCUGAGGAGUCAGGAGAAGGACGAGGACUGUCAGAAGGACGUAGAAAGCCCAGUUUUGCUGUGAAGAACAAAGAUCCUUUACCUAAAUAUUUUACAAAAAACGUGCAGAAAGCCAUUGAUAAAUAUACCAGUGAAUCCCCAUCAUCAUUCUCAUCCAGUGGAAGCUGCACACCCACCGAAGCCCACAAUUUUUGGGCUGGGUCCUCAACACAGAGUUCGACCACUGGCUUGUCCACAGAGAGGAGCUCCAUUUGCUCUUGGAGGGACGAUGAAUAUGACAAAGCCAAUGCUCAGAAAGUACAACAAUUAUUUUGGGAGGUGGAGGAAAUGUUAUUUGAAGGAAAAGUAGGUGCUCAGUCGCAGAACCUACUGGAUGAAUGCAGUGAGUGGGCCAGCAGAUCCCUCCAUCUAAGAGUGUUAGGAAGACAGCUCAUCCUGCCAACUGAUGAAGGCUUCCGACACUUCCAGGGCAGCCUGCCAAGUUCUGCCGGCCGCAAACCCUUACCCACUGCCCCUGAACCCAGCAGCAAUAUUAGAGAGCUGUGCGUUUCCGGCUCUCGGAUCAUGCCUGCAGCCCUGGAAGCCUCUGCCCUGCCAGGCCCUGGUGGCGUAGGGCUUGCUAGCCUAGUGGCAUGCUCAUCCCUGGAAGAAGAAGUCUAUGGCGUGGAUGGGAAGAUUGAAGAGUAUUUUGCAUUUGAUAGAAAAGAGGAUGGUGAUGAACAUCUUGAACAAACGUCAGUUCGCUGUGGCAGGAAGUGGCACAGACACAGACUUCCGCCCAUCUCCCCUCAUGACUGUAUCAAAGAAACUGUGGCAGCAGAAGUAUUUGAUCAUGUCUGGACAAGUGUGGUGGAAAUAUUGGAAGAACUAAUUAGAAAGAGCUGGGAAACGACACUCACAGAAGUGAAAAACAAGAAAGAAAAAUUGAAAACAGCUGAAACUAGAUCUCCACAUGUGUUCGUGUCCCGUAUCAGCGCAGAUGUGUCAAGUGUCCCCCCGUCCAGAAGUUCUGAAACUCGCUGUGUGUCUCUGGCUUCACAACUGAAUCCACCUCAGAUUCAUCGCUUCUCCAAUAAUUUCUGUAGUGAUUUGAAUGGUGUGAUGACAAUUCAAGCAAAACCUCUUCAGCAGAGACCUACCUACUUUACAGAUAGAACACAGAGUGAACAGGAGGACAAAACAUCUGCUGGAGGAGGAGUCUGUGCCCUUUCCUCUGCUCGCCACCGAAUGGGGCGGGCCUCAGAUGUGAGAGGAUUACAGACUUCUGCCAAGAAAACGGUGGUGCAUAGGAGGCUGCCUUCUCUCACUUCCGAUUCACAGAGAAUAAAAACCCCCAAUGUGUACAGUGAUGAAGUUCUUAGGGGAACAAAACUUUGUAUUUACAGGCAAACUGGUGUGGACCACAUGUCUUCCUCUCCAAUUCAAACUUCCUGGAGCAGGUUGCCCCCAAUUGGUUCCGACAAUGGGGAGCAGAACACAGCACUAUCUGGAUCCCGCUCUAUAUCCUGCAAAGGAAGGCACCCACAGAGCCGUGUGUUAAGCGCUGUGCCUGAUUGCAUAGAGCAAUCACCUCUUCGAGAAAGAACCUUUGUCCUGGAGCAGCUUUCAAGGCCCAACACAACUCACACCUUCCGGUCGGAUACACCUAGAAAAGGUUCGUUGUCACCGAUGGAAUUCGCCCACCACACGUGGACCGGUCAGAGUGUUUUGACAGGUUCACAGUAUACCCCUAAAUCUUUUCAGAGAACGACUUUGACUUCAAGAAAGAGGUUUCAAGUGGCAUCUUGAUAUUUCUUCCCCAGAGCUGUGGACUUACUGGAAUAUUCUAAACCUCAGCAUAUCACUUACCACUUGAAAAGUUGAAGAACAAGUAUUAUACUGUUUGUCAGAUAGUCUGAGAUGUUAGACUCCCCAAGAGAAAUGCAAACAAGUUACUUAAUUUUGAACACUUUGCCUUGCACAGAGAAUAAAGGUCAAACUCCCUAAUCUUUACUGAAAGCAUUCUUGAGGAUUUUCAGGCUUUACUGAGGAGAUAAUAAUAUGUGUUUAAAUUUCAUCACUUGAUCAAUCAUACACACAACUAGUGUGUUCAUGUACUCAUACACUAACAUAUGAGUAUAUUAUCUAGGAAUACACCAUUUUGUAAGUUUGUGCUUUACCAUAUUUUUUAUUUAAUUCUCUUAAUAAUUCCAUCAAAACCCUAAGCAAAGACAUCACGUUUUUCUUUGUAAAAGGCUAAAGUCAUAUUUGACACAGUCUAUAUAUCUGACAAAGAAUCUGGUUGCUUAGUCAUUGUGCUGACUUUCUUAGGUGUUUGUUAAAAAGUGUUUUAGUUAUGAACCACUUUAAGAAAUGUCAGUGGCUAGUUCCCUUAAGCCAAUUCUGUUUUACCAGUUUUCAUUUUCAAAUCCAGCUGUCCACUUAAAAAUACUUCACAUGUAUUAAUUUUUUUCAGAUUUAAAUUUUUUUAGUACAUGUUU